UUAAAUCACAUUGCAACUUUCAUUGCAGGUGCUGCAGAAAACUGCUUCCUGGAGAAAUGGAUUGGCUACAUCCAAUUACAAUAUUUUUCCUAAUUACCCUUAUAAUUUUGCUGGUUUUAAAAAUGGGUCAUUUCUGGAAUUACAGUUCCCAAAUUACAGUUCUUCUUCCAGGUCCCAAGCCUUUACCAAUUCUUGGAAAUCUCCAUAUAAUAGAUCAGGAGAGGCCUCACAGAACAAUGCUGAAGUUGUCAAAAGUUUAUGGCCCCGUCUUCAGCAUCCAAAUGGGAUUCCAGAAAAUGGUAGUGUUGACUGGGUAUGAGAUGGUGAAAGAGGCUCUCGUGAACCAGGCUGAUGCAUUUGCUGAGAGGCCCAUCAUUCCAAUGUUUGAAGAAUUUUCAAAUGGCUUUGGUCUUACUUUAUCACAUGGUAAGAACUGGAAAGUGAUGCAGAGGUUCACCUUGUCCACACUUCGGGACUACGGAAUGGGCAAGAGAUCCAUAGAGGAUAAAAUUGUUGAAGAGUGCAGCAUCCUGACAAAGAAACUGGAAUCUUAUAAAGGGAAACCACUUGAGACAACUACAGUCAUGAAUGCAGCUGUUGCCAGCAUUAUAGUGUCCAUACUACUUGGCAGACGAUAUGAAUAUGAAGAUCCCAUAUUUCGAAGAUUGCUGGAGUUAAUCAAUCAAAAUGUCCGGGUUUUUGGAAGCCCCUCAGUCCUGUACUACAACAUGUUUCCUGCUCUCUGUUUUCUUUCUGGAGGUCGAAAAAUUCUCCUUGAUAACAGAGAGGAGCUUUUUGCUUUCAUAAAUGCUACAUUCAUAGAACACCUCAAAGAGCUGGAUGAAAAUGACCAGCGGAGCUUUAUUGAUACUUUUCUCAUUAGACAGCAAGAGGAGAAGAGCAACAAUAUUAAUGGAUAUUUCCAUAAUGAAAAUCUAAAAACUCUUGUGGCUAAUUUAUUUGCUGCUGGCAUGGAGACCACUUCCACCACCCUGCGCUGGGCCCUUUUGCUAAUGAUGAAGCAUCCAGAAAUUCAGUGUAAGGUCCAAGAAGAAAUUGCUGUCACUAUUGGGUCUGCUCAGCCACGGGCUGAACACCGGAAAAAAAUGCCAUACACAGAUGCAGUAAUUCAUGAAGUUCAAAGAUAUGCUAAUAUUAUCCCAACCAACUUGCCACAUGCAACCACUAAGGAUAUUACUCUUAAAGGCUACUUCAUUCCAAAGGGAAGCCACAUCAUUACAUUACUGUCCUCUGUGCUCCACGAUGAUUCUCAAUGGAAGAAACCACUUAGAUUCUAUCCAGAGCAUUUUAUCGACCCCGAAGGGAACUUUAUUAAGAGAGAUGCCUUCAUGCCUUUCUCUGCAGGUCGGAGGCAGUGUGCAGGCGAGACCCUUGCCAAAAUGGAGCUUUUCCUCUUCUUUACAACUCUUAUGCAGAAAUUCACCUUCCAGCCAGCCCCUGGCACCUCUAGGGAAGACCUGGACCUUACCCCUGCAGUUGGGUUUACAACACCCCCAAUGCCCUUCGAUGUCUGUGCUCUGCCCCGUUGAGAAGGCUCAAGCCUGCUAUGUGUCCAUCUCUACAAUCCUGCUGUUUUAUUCACCAAGAAAAUUGACUGUACGAACUAUUCUGUACAACUAGCCCAUGCUUGCUUACACACCUAAGCUUUCCUACAUAACAUUGUGUUAUUUAGAAGGUCACACUUUCUCAAGAGAAAAUCCAGUUAACAAAUAGACAAAGCAAUAGGACAUUCUCACCUUGCUGGCAUCGGCCUGAGCAGCAGCACUGCCUUCACGCAGAUAUUUCCUGGGAAAUAUCAGACAGAAGACUGUAAAUUAGUUCAGCAAAUUCAGUUCCUUGUACAUUCAUGUUUCCAUACAUGUUACAUACAUGGAGGUGCCCAUCUCACCUCCUUUCUCUACACAGAAGGCUGCUGUGGUUGUUGUUUCUUUGUUUUGUAUUUCUUUUAUGGUCCUCUUUUGUUGUUGCUUGAUUUGGAGAUUUGGGGUCCAAAGUUAUAGUUAAACUUAUAUCAUACAGUGGCACUGGGCAAAUCCCUUUCAUUGAACUUGCUGCCUGUAUAUAAAGGGUGCAUUAAUGACAGUUUUCACUGUUGCACCUUCAAGGCAUUUUCAACUUAUUGUGACCCUAAGAUGAAGCAAUCACAGAGGUUUUUUGGCAAGAUUUAAAUAAACAAGAUUUAUUCAGAGGAUAAA